AUGGCCUUCCCGCCCUUAGACGUGAACCCAAGCCUGAGUCCCCGAUCAUUUGACCGCCCAGUAAUCAUCCCCCAUCCAUCCAUAUCCACCCCCCGACAAACGCAAACUCAAGCUUCCCCCCCACAAGUCUAUCCUUGGCCAAGCAUCAGGCAGACGACAUGUCCUGGUGCGGCGGAGGGUGGCCCGGUUGGCCUGCGUAGAUGCUCGGGCAGACUGCAUCCUCUAAACCACCAGGGCGCCGGGGGCCCGCGCCGUCCCCCACACUCCACUACUCCAAUUCAGUCGACGAGUGCACGAAUUGGAGCUGCUCGUAUACCACCUACCCCAUUGUCUUUGUCUAUACUUACAUAUCCGCAUGCCGUCAAUAACCCUCAGCACCCUUCAUGCCUCUCUAGUCUGGCCCCCAUAUGCAGGGCGCCCUCAACUUGGACCUUGUCCGCUCACGUUCCCCUUUGCCGGCAGCCACUGGGAGAACGUCAUGCCCUGCUCUCCCUCUCCCUCUCCUGCCCAGCGAUUGCAGCCCAGCCAAACAGAGGCAGAAACAAUGCCCUGCCACCAUCUAAACAGUACUAUGCAUGCACAACAAGGACUCUCCGCCUGCCAGGAAGUGACUUGGCAUGGCGUCUUGAACCAAGCGAUCAGCACAUUCCAAGCCAGGCGCAACAAUAUGAAAUCUCGUCGCGUCGUAUGGCCGUCUUUGGCCGGUCAAUGACGUACGCCAUAACGGGCUCACCAGUUCCAAAACCUAGUCCUUUUGACAUGGCAGAUGGAUCGAGGUCGAGACCGUACGCCAUCUUGCUCAUCUUGCAGACCUUGCCGCCGGUUAGCCACCGCAACCCGACAGUUCGGCACGUGGUCUACCAGGGUCUCCGUCGCCCUCUGCCGUUUCCACCACCACGACUCAGCGUCUCACAGUCUACGGGCUUCGCCUCCGCCUAUCAACAAUUGGCCGGCUUGGACACGCCGCCUUUAGCGUCAGGGUCACGUCAAAAAACUAAAUACGUAGUAGGACGCAGUAAGCAUCUGCUUGUCCGAUAG